CGUCUGCUAAUUACUUCUUUCUUUCUAACCACCACUAUCUUAUCUCUUGCAUAACUCUUCUUAGCGAAAUCUUUUCCGACUUUGAUCUUGAAACAUGUCGAGCUACCAGAUACUCGACUCAUCGCCCGUCCACAUUCCCUCUCUUCACGAUACAGAGGUUCAUUCACGGCCCUUGAAGCGUUCUGCGUCUCUAGCAUCUCUUCCUACGCCUCCCAGAACGCGUCACAAGCGGUCUCGUUCAAAAGCAGUGUCAGCGACCUCUAGACACGCGUCAGAUGACAGUGGCAGCGCAUCAGAACUCGAGGACGACCUUGGUGGAGGCUACGCUGCACGCUUCACUGAAAAGCACAGCAAAAGCGAGGGCGAAACUGGUGGAGACAGGGAUGGCCAUGGGCUCAUGGGAAGGAAAAAGCGCCGAACCACGGAUGCCCUUCCCGCGCAUGACGAAGAAGAAGACGAUGAGAACGCGUUUUGGACUGGUCGUAGUGGUGGCGCGGCGUCUGGUGGGCGUAGGAAAUCAUCUGCAGUGGACGAUACGGAAGAGGAUAAGUCACCUUCACCUGCACUGUUGAAGUAUCGCGUCCGUGUGCCCGUUUCGCCACCUCCCUCUCGCAGAGCACCCCAAGUUCAUCAUCGCGCAUCAUCAGUGCAGCGCUCACGUUCAUCUCCGCCUGCACCUCUUCUACCAGAGCCACCUGUGACCCCUCCCCGAAAACUCUUCAUUCGUGCGCCACUAUCCCCCUCGAAUUCCAAAGCCAAGAAAAUAUGGCCCACUCGGGACUCUCCCGAUAACCCUUUCCUCGCUGGCGAGGGCGAAGAAGCAAGCGGCUGGGAGAGCAGCGAUGACGAAUUACCUGUCGGAGAAGCCCUUGAGCGUGAAAGCACGCCAACUCCUGCACCAGUGUUUGAGGAGAAGCCAACAAUAACCUACGUUUUCCGAGGCCAAAAAGCGACCUUCCAUAAUCCUCAAUAUCAUGUUGCUCCUGAAGUUCUUGAGGCGUCUAAGCUGCCGAUGGAUCAUCCAGAUUUUGAGGUGGCUGAGGCAUGUGUCCCCCGCCGGCUGUUUGCCAGCAAGCUUAAGCGCAAGCCUCGCGACCGCAGCCAAGAUGUUCCUCCGAACGGCUCCCUUGGUGCAAAGCGUGCAAAAAUUGCACAUUCAGAUGUCAGCGCAUCUGAGGGGGAGAAAAGUACCGCGAGCACCGGCUCCCGCAAGAAGAUAGUCUUCGCAGACGACAUAGAGCGGGAGCCCGUGUUCUCCAAGCCCCAGGGCUCUGACAAGGGAGCUGAGCGUCUUGAACUCCUGCAGCACGCUCGGGAGGAGCGCGAACGUAGGGAGAAGGAUAGCAAGCAACGCCUGGCUGCAAAUGAUGGCCUGCGUGCUGGGGCGUUUGUUGUGGAGAGGGACAAUCCUAUUCGGCGGGCAAUGGGUCCUGCGCGCCAUUCAUAAGUUGUCGGCAACAUGAUUUUUUUUGUUCCUUUCUCGAUUUAUUUCUUGUACUUGCGAUACCUCUUUCCUAUUGUUCUAUCUCCUGCGAUGCUCCAUGCUCUCUCACCCUUGCGACACCCCAUCUCCCUCCCAGCUUUAUUGACACAUGAUUUCGUUACAGUGCGCAUUACUCAUCAGAUCGUUGGUUCACUCAUUUACAUUGACCGUAUCCACAAAUUAGUCGUUGCAUUGACACACUGUCAUAUCUACAUAACUCUACGUAGGCACAAGUCAGUCGUCCAAAGUUCUGACGUCGAGCACAAAUAUUUGCCUACAUGUAUCUUGAAUCCAAUGUUUAUAACUUGAAGA